AUGGCAGCACUGGAUUUGACAGUUUUGUGCAGCUUACACAUGUUCUGCGUUUAUUUGUUUGUUAUUCAACAUUAAUCCAUAGUUAUUGUACUUAUAAUAAUUCAAAUUCGUUAUUUGUGUUGUUUAUUAAAUUAAAAAGUUUUAGUUAAAGCAUCAAAAUGGUUGUCUCUCCACAAAGCCCCGCUAGUGAAACCCAAAGUGUAAAAUCUAAAAACCUCAAUAUGGCGACGAAACCAUCGCAAUCAGUCGCAGAUACAAGGGCAGAGUUAGCAGAGCUAGUAAAAAGAAAAGCAGAAGUGGCUGAGACACUAGCUAAUUUAGAAAGACAAAUUUAUGCUUUUGAAGGUUCAUAUCUAGAAGACACACAACUUUAUGGCAAUAUAAUUAGAGGUUGGGACAGAUAUCUCACAACUAAUAAAAGCACAAAUUCUAAAGCAGACAAAAGAAACAGAAAAUUCAAGGAAGCAGAAAGAUUGUUCUCAAAAUCCUCUAUAACUUCUAUGGCCGCCGUAAGUGGAUUGGUUGAUGCCGCUGAAACAAAAAAUGAGCGAAAUAGUGAGACUGAAUCCCAAACUAAUGAAGACUCGUCAGACACACAAAUAAGCACUGGCUUGAGUAUUGGAACUUUAAAUCACACAACCAUACAUGGUUCAACUGAAAGUCUAGCGUCAAAGCCUUCUGGAAAACAGCAAACCAAUGGAAGCAUUGAAAAAAGUAUGUCAUUAACAAAAACUCCUACUCCAAAAAUAGUAACAAGUGGUUUAUUACAAAAGUCCUUCACUGCGGAUUCUAAAAUGUUGUCUAGUAUGGGUUUGGACAGCAGGCCUGGCACGCCAAAAGACAAAGACGGAGGGAUGAGUCUUAUGAGCAAAGGAGAUUUAACACCUAAUGCAUUAAAACAUAAAUUAUCGAAUAGCAGUAGCAAUAGUAAUGUUAAGAAAAAUAGUAAUAAGAAAGCCAGAAAUCGAUAGAAUAUCUUUAUUCUUAACAAUUAUCUCUAACCAUUUAAUGAUCUCUAUGAAGUAAUUAUAUGAAAUACUUAAUGAAAAUAAAUGUUACAAUUUAUAAAUGAUUGUCUUUGGUAUUUUAAUUUAUAUUGAAUUGUCAGCUGCUUCUGCGGCUAUCGAUAGACCUCAUAAGUGACUGCUUAAAUCUUGACUCUGGAAGAGAAAAUAUACUUUAAGAUCCAUAAAUAACAUAAAAAGAUGUGUGGCACUCUGGGACUGCCGCGGUAAAGCUAUAUGCAUAGCAUGCCUUCAAGCCACACCUCUGUGCCUGUCAGAGUGGGGAGUGUGAGCUUUUUUUUCCUUAUGGAAUUUUUGGAUUCGGUCCCCGCGCUCAAGGCCCGUGAUAGAAGCUAUGCAAUAGCUUAACAGCAAAUUAGUAUGUAAUUAAGGUAUAAUAAUAAUUAGCCAAAUAAAUGUUCAAACAAUU